AUGGCCUCGUCCCUCCGCACCCUGCUAUCCUCGACACGCACCCGCCCAUUCCAGCACCAGCUGAACCUCCGCUCACCGUCCACGUUCCGCUUCCUCGCCAGCAUGCACACCGUUCCGAAACUAAAAGAUCCCUCUCUGUUCAUCGAGAAGAGCUUCGUCAAUGGCGAGUUCGUCUCCGCCAGCUCCGGCGAGACGUUUGAGGUCCAUGAUCCUGGCACAGGGAAGGUGAUUGGGAAGUGCGCAGAGUUCAACAAGGACGAUGCAACCAAGGCAGUCGACGCCGCAGAGGAGGCAUUGAUCUCGUUCCGCAAGACUCUGCCGCGAGAACGCUCGACCUUGCUACGCAAAUGGUUCAACCUGAUGCAGGAGAACGCAGAUGACCUAGCCACCCUAAUCACCUGGGAGAACGGCAAACCACUAGCAGACGCAAAAGGCGAAGUAGCAUACGCAGCCAACUUCUUCAACUGGUUCAGCGAAGAGGCCCCGAGACUAUACGGCGACGUGAUUCCCGCUUCAGUUCCCGGCAACCGCAUCAUGACGAUACGCCAGCCCGUCGGCAUCGCUGGCUUAAUUACACCGUGGAACUUUCCCGCUGCUAUGAUAACGCGAAAGAUCGGCCCAGCAAUAGCAGCCGGCUGCACCGUCGUCGCGAAAUCGCCCGCCGAAACACCCUUCACAGCCAACGCCCUCGCCGAACUCGGCCGACGAGCCGGCAUUCCCAAGGGCGUAGUGAACAUCAUCACCGCCCAGAAACACACAGCUGAGAUCGGCGAGCUCCUAACCACGGACCCGCGCAUCAAAAAGGUCUCCUUCACCGGCAGCACCAACGUCGGCAAGAUCCUAAUGAAACAAGCCUCCAGCACGCUCAAGAAACUCUCCUUCGAACUCGGCGGAAACGCACCCUUCAUAGUCUUCGACGACUGCCCGGACAUCGACGCCGCCGUCGCCGGCGCCAUCGCAUGUAAAUUCCGCAGCUCAGGCCAAACCUGCGUGUGCGCGAACCGGAUCUACGUGCAAAAAGGCAUCUACGACGAAUUCGCGAAGAAAUUCACCGAGAAGGUCGGGCAGUUCCACGUCGGCUACGGGUUCGACGACGGCGUCACGCACGGUCCUGUCAUUCAUGAUCGUGCGGUGACGAAGGUGCAGCAGCAUAUCGACGACGCCACGAGCAAGGGCGCGAAGGUUGCUAUUGGUGGGAAGGCGCUGCCUGAUUUAGGCGCGAAUUUCUACUCGCCUACCGUACUUACGGGCGUCACAUCGGACAUGAAGAUCGCAUCCGAGGAAACGUUCGGUCCUGUGGCGCCUUUGUUCCCGUUUGAGACGGAGAAGGAGGUCGUCAAGCUCGCUAAUGCUGCGGAGGUCGGGCUGGCGGGGUACUUCUUCAGCAGAGAUGUCGGAAGAAUAUACAGGGUGGCAGAAGCGUUGGAGUGUGGGAUGUUGGGUGUCAAUACGGGACUGAUAUCAGAUCCAGCUUCGCCGUUCGGAGGCGUCAAGGAGAGUGGGUUCGGGAGAGAAGGUUCGAAGUACGGCAUCGAUGAGUACACGACGAUCAAGAGUAUCACGAUUGGCGGGAUUCAGAAUGAGUUGCAGGGCUGA